AUGGAACUAUCGAGUGAUGAAAGAAACAAUACAAACGUUACUGUUGACAGAUAUGUUAGUGCAUUGUAUAAUCUUACGCAAGAAGAUAGUAACUGGAUUGUCACAAGUUCCUUUAUGAUUUUUACAAUGCAAACCGGCUUCGGAAUGUUAGAAUCCGGUUGUGUAUCCGUGAAAAAUGAGGUCAACAUUAUGAUGAAAAAUGUAGUUGAUAUAGUUCUCGGUGGUUUGACUUAUUGGAUGUUUGGAUUCGGAUUUAGCUUUGGCUUAAACAAACCCAACAAUCCUUUCAUCGGCAUAGGAGGUAUAUUCGUAGAUCCCCCUGUCGAUGACGAAUAUAUGGGUUCCAUCUGCGCUGCAUUUUUAUUUCAAUUGAGCUUCGCCACUACCUCUACGACUAUUGUUAGCGGUGCUAUGGCGGAACGAUGUAACUUUAAGGCGUACUGCCUCUUCUCGUUUUUGAACACUAUUGUAUAUUGCCUACCGGCCGGCUGGGUAUGGGGCGAUCAUGGUUUGAAUCGCAUGGGAGUCGUUGAUAUCGCUGGCUCGGGCCCGGUGCAUCUUGUCGGCGGUAUUUCGGCGCUCGCUUGCGCUAUCAUGCUCGGCCCCAGGAUAGGUAGAUACGACAAUGGCAUCGAUCCUUUACCACUCGGAUGCCCAGUGAAUGCGAUUAUGGGACUGUUCGUGCUAUGGUGGGGCUGGUUAGCGUUCAACAGCGGUAGUACUUACGGGGUAACCGGUGAUCGGUGGCAGUUCGCCGCUCGAGCGGCCGUCUCCACGAUGAUAGCCAGUAUGGGAGGUGGUCUGGUCGGUUUGAGCUUCAGCUUGACUAAUCCUAAUGGAAUUGAUAUCCUUAGCCAGAUAAAUGGUGUUCUUGGUGCAUUAGUAGCAGUUACCGGUGGGUGUUUUCUUUACAAAGGCUGGGAAGCGAUGAUAGUCGGGAUGAUAGGUGGUUUUAUCACGUGUGUCGCAAUGCCAGCGUUGGAUAAAAUUCACAUAGAUGAUCCCGUUGGAGCUGUCGCCACUCACGGCGCAAGCGGUAUCUGGGGAGUUGUCGCCAUCGGCUUAUUUGCCGAUGAUCCAUAUCCUCUUGAUACUACAAAUGGAAGGAAAGGCUUAUUUAAAGGAGGUGGCUGGUACCUGUUGGGAGUACAAAGUUUAUCUGCGCUUUGUUUAAGUGUUUGGAGUUUUAGCAUCUCAAUCGUAUUGCUCUGGAUCAUAAAUAAAAUAAUACCAAUUAGAAUGUCAGUUUAUGAAGAAGUACUCGGAGCAGAUCUUGUAGAGCACAGAAUACGUCAUUCAAAGAUAGGGGUGAGUCGUGCCAUGUCAGCGCUUCGGCCAUUUAGUAUGGAAAAAGAAUUGAGAAACGUACCUCCUGUAGGCAUGAAUCCUGGUCACGAUUUAUAUAUCGCGCAACAUAAAAAGAAGAAAUUGGAAAAGUUGGCGAAAUUUGAGAAACGUCAAUUGUCAAAAAAGUUAGUGAUGAGAAAUUCCCAGAUCAGAACAAUCGCAGACGUUGCGAUGACCGCAGAAGCAAAACCGCAAUUUGCUUGGGUGGAUUAAAUUAAAAAACAUCCACAAUGAAAUAUCGAUACUUCGUCAGAGACGUAAAUUUAUUACAAAUGUAUAAACGUAGACAUGUGCACAUUCUAAUUUUGUCGCAUUUCAAUGCGUCCGCGCAAUAUGUGUCUGAAUGUGCAAAAGAGAAAGAUAGUUUCUUAAUAAAUACUUAAAUUUUUACACAUUCACGCAUAUAAAUAUUGAUCGCGGGCAUGUAUGCGCGCACACAUAUAAAGAUAAAUAUGGACAUGAUCAUGGAAGGAUCACAGAAAAACUGAAUUUUAAACACGAUGCUUAGAUAAUGGCACAAAUAUGAUUUCAGUCAAAUUUAAUUAACUGUAUUUAAUUAACUGUCCACGACACUCGAUAUAUAUAAUGAUAUCUACAUUAAUGCUUACUGUAUAAAAUAAAAUAUUUCGAUAAAUAUUUAUGUAUCUUCCUUGUUAAUUUCAUAUGAAAAUGAACAUAUCAAUUCUCUGUUUAUAUAUUGGCAGGAAUUAUUUCUGAAAUCCAUAUUUAAUAUAUAUUC